CCUGACCCCAGUGGCAGUCUUUACUCACUGCACUGCUCUCUCUCUCUUCCUCCUUCGCGCUCCCUUUCCUCUCGCGCUCGCUCGCUUUUUUUCUCCCUCGCUCCGGAUCGAGGUUGAGCUCCUUUCUGGCUCUUUCUCGUUCUCUCUCUCUCCUGCCUUCUUUCCUUCUCCUCCCUCUCCGCUCCUUCUUCCUCCCUCGCCUCCCCUCCGCUCUGCACUCCCAAGGAUCCUUGAGGGUCGAAGGUGCUGCCCUGCCUUGCACCAGCCCUCCACCUUGGGCAAAGCCUUUCGCCCCCCCUCCUCCUCUUUUCUUUCCCCCCCGCGCCCUCGGAACCACCACCACCAGCUUCUCGGCAGCUUCACCUCUUCCUCCUCCCCUCAUGGAUCGGCUCCUUCCCCAGCACCGAAGGCAUCCCUAGGAAUUACACAUCAACAUCCAGGAAAAUUAAAAAAAAAGGAGGGAGAGAAGAAGUCUACAGAGUUCAUGAGGAGAUCUUUAAGUUGCAGCGUUGGCUGAAACACAAUGCCCACCUCCAUCAUUUGCUCUGGAAAGUUGUAAGUUGCUCAUGUCUAUAAAGACGAAGCAUGGCUCAUGGAAUUCCUUCACAAGGCAAAGUUACCAUUUCAGUGGAUGAAUACAGUUCAAAUCCAACCCAGGCGUUCACACAUUACAAUAUUAACCAGAGCAGGUUCCAGCCUCCACAUGUACACAUGGUCGAUCCGAUUCCUUACGACACCCCGAAACCAGCAGGCCACACGCGGUUUGUCUGCAUUUCAGACACACACUCCAGAACAGAUGGAAUCCAGAUGCCUUAUGGGGACAUCUUGCUUCACACGGGCGAUUUCACUGAAUUGGGGCUGCCUUCUGAGGUUAAGAAGUUUAAUGACUGGUUAGGAAACUUGCCAUAUGAAUACAAAAUAGUGAUUGCUGGAAAUCAUGAACUGACAUUUGAUAAAGAAUUCAUGGCAGAUCUUGUUAAACAGGAUUACUACCGAUUUCCUUCUGUGUCCAAAUUGAAACCAGAAGACUUUGACAAUGUUCAGUCACUUCUGACAAACAGUAUUUACUUGCAAGAUUCUGAAAUAACAGUGAAAGGAUUCCGAAUAUAUGGUGCCCCUUGGACUCCAUGGUUUAAUGGAUGGGGGUUUAACCUACCCAGAGGCCAGUCUUUGUUGGACAAGUGGAAUCUUAUUCCUGAAGGCAUUGAUAUAUUAAUGACCCAUGGACCUCCACUUGGUUUUCGAGACUGGGUUCCAAAGGAGCUGCAAAGAGUUGGUUGUGUGGAACUGUUAAAUACAGUACAAAGGCGAGUAAGGCCCAAACUCCAUGUCUUUGGCGGAAUCCAUGAAGGUUACGGCAUUAUGACAGACGGUUACACAACGUACAUUAAUGCCUCAACAUGUACAGUCAGCUUUCAGCCAACCAACCCACCAAUUAUAUUUGACCUGCCAACCCCACAAGGAUCAUGAAGCACUACUGCAUCGGGGAAGGUCUAUAAACUGCCAUUUUUCUAAUUAAAAAACAUUCAUUCUCUCAACAUGUUUCUUUAUAAAUACUGUGGGGCUUUUUUUGUAAAUUGUUGGUACAAAAGGAAAAAAAGAUAAAGGUUGUGCUUUUUUUUGAACUGCAGCAUCCAUUUGAAAUUGAUAAAGCAUUGUGAAUUUGUAAAAUGAAGUUUUAUGUUUUAAUUAUCUUGCCAUUGUAAAUUGUCAAGUGUUCUCAGAAGGACAGCCAAGCUUUCUUUUAAUGAGUGAGACACCUUAUUUUAAUAUUAUUAAAUAAGAUUUAAAACACAGUGUUCUAAAAAAAUUAAACACCCCAAUUUGCA